CUGACGAUGGAUGCCUCGCCCUUCACUUCCACCUACCAGGCAGUGAGUGCCAAUAAUUCCACAGGGAGCCCUGACUGUAAACCUGAGGAUCUUGGUGUCUUCAUUCCGAUUUUCCUAAGUUUGGUCUUUUCAGCGGGUUUCAUUUUGAACAGUGUCAGCCUGUGGAUCUUUUGGUUUUGCAUCAAGAAGUGGAGCACCGGAAUGAUUCUGCAGUUUAACUUGGCUUUAGCCGACGCCAUUAUAACUCCUGCUGCACCAUUCAUGGUUGCGUACUUCUCGCUGUCGCACUGGCCCUUCGGACAGUUCCUCUGUCAGCUGAAGGUCUUCUUACUGAGCACCAACAUGUACGGGAGCAUUUACUUUCUGGCCCUGAUCAGCAUCCACCGCUACAUCGCUGUCGUGCACUGCACAAAGAAAACCAUCUUUAAGGAAGUGAAGUUUGUGAAGCUAAUGUGCGCGGGUGUGUGGACCCUUCUGUUUGCCCAAGGAUUUCCAUUCUUUUUUGUGCUCAAAACCACUGAGGUGAACAAUUCCACCCAAUGUUUGAGCAUUCACCAGGACGAGCUGAUGACGUUGUACUUUGUGUGGAACACUGCUAUUCUAUUUACUGGCUACACCAUCCCAUUUGUUACCUCUGUCAUUUGCUACACUUUGCUUGCCAGCUUCAUUAUAAAACUGAAUCCAAAUCAACUGAAGAGCCAACGCAUGAAGGUGAAAUCCAUGCAGAUGAUAAUGGUGUCCCUGGCAAUUUUUAUAAUCUGCUUUCUGCCUGUGCAUGUGUCUCGAACAGUUGGCAUCACACUUAAGCUCUUCCAUCCUGAUCAGUGCCAUCUUGUGAACAUGGUGGAGCUGGUCUAUUACAGGUGUUUAGCGCUCUCAAGCACAAAUUGCUGCCUGGACCCUUUCUUGUACUUUUUUGCAUCUGAAAAAUAUAAGAAGUCAAUAAGCAAUGUUGUGAGUUUCACAAGGUGUUGGAACAAGAAGUGAGUUUGUUUCCAGCUUCCAGUUGCUCCCUUUGAAGCAGUCGUUGGCUGGAAACAUUAGCUUGGUGUUUCCCUUUACAACAUUGCAGAAUACUUACACCAUCUCCUGCUUUAGUCAGUCACAUUAAAUCCAUGCCCUCUAUAUGUUGACACUUCCAUCAUACAACAGAUAUUGAUAGAAUGCAGAGCCUGGCUGAGAAGUGGCAGAUGGAGUUCAACCCGGAUAAGUGUGAAGUGAUACACUUCAGGAGGUCAAAUUUGAAGGCAGAAUAUAAGGUUAAUGGCCGGACUCUUAGCAGUGUGGAGAAACAGAGGGAUCUUGGGGUCCACAUCCAUAGAUCUCUCAAGGUUUCCACACAGGUCAAUAGGGUUUUUAAGAAGGCAUAUGGAGUGUUGGCCUUCAUUAGUCGGGGUAUUGAGUUCAAGAACAGCGAGGUGAUGUUGCAGCUCUAUAGAACUCUGGUCAGACCACACUUGGAGUAUUGUGUUCAAUUCUGGUCACCUCAUUAUAGAAAAAAUGUGGAAGCUUUAGAGAGGGUGCAGAGGAGAUUUACCAGGAUGUUGCCUGGAUUGGAGAGCAUGUCUUAUGAGGAUAGAUUGAGUGAACUAGGGCUUUUCUCUUUGGAGAGAAGGAGGAUGAGAGGUAACUUGAUAGAGGUGUACAAGAUGAUAAGAGGCAUAGAUCGAGUGGACAGUCAGAGACUUUUUCCCAGGGCGACAAUGGCUAACACGAGGGGGCAUAAUUUUAAGCUGAUCAGAGGAAGGUAUAAGGGGGAUGUCAGGGGUAAGUUUUUUACACAGAGAGUGGUGGGUGCGUGGAACGCACUGCUGGCAGAGGCUGGGGGGGGCAGAUACAUUAGGGACAUUUAAGAGACUCUUAGACACAUGAAUGAUAGAAAAAUAGGGGCUAUGUGCGAGGGAAGGGUUAGAUUGAUCUUAGAACAGGGCAAAAUGUCGGCACAACAUCGUGGGCCAAAGGGCCUGUAAGGUGCUGUAGUGUUCUAUGUUUUAUGUCCUAUGUUGUGGCUCCACAUAACUGAAACAUUUUACUCUUUUCUUGCCACAGAAGUGGUCCCUCAGAGUAACAUUCACUUUGUGGACAUGCCUAAGUGACAAUUCUAAUUUUCUAGAAGUCUGUGUGAGAAUCCAGUUCCUUAUUUCCUCUGGCUUGGUGAAUUAAAGAUUGUGUGACUGAGAUUGAACAGGAAAUGUCUGGAGUCACCGACAUCGGACGGGAUGUAAUACCAGCACUACAAGAGAUGAAAGGAACCAGACUGAUAUCAGGAAUUCUCUUUCAAUUCCAUUGUUUAAAUAGAGAAAGAAUAUCUCACAUUUCCCUGAGCAAGAAGUCUUUUUGUAUUGCUCUUGUAAAAUGCCUUUGAGUAUUUAACUAUGUUCACAGCACUGUAUAAAUUCAGAUGGUUGUUGAUAUUGUUUGAUUUGAACUUGUAGAUGAACCUUGUCAAUGUAUUGUUCUUGGUAUUGGUUUAUUAUUGUCACUUGUACAGUGAAAAACUUGUCUUGAAUACUGAUCGUACAGGUCAAUUCAUUACACAGUGCAGUUACAUUGAGUUGGUACAGAGUGCAUUCAUGUAGUACAGGUAAAAACAAUAAGUGUCAAAGCUACAGAGACAAUACAAGUUAUUUUUCUCACCCAUACUUAUCACAUAAAUUGUGAGUAACAUGCACUGUAUAAAAUAUACUUAUAUAUCGAUACUGAGGUGAAAAUAUCUUAUUUCUCCAUGGGCUCAACAUUUGCCAUCAGAAUUUCUGCUCCAAAUCUGAAUGUACAAAUAU